AUGGAGAUAGGAGAAGAUAUUUUCGACCGAAACAAGAGGAAUUUGGAAGUUGUGUCUGAAAAGCUAAACCAAUUAAUUGAUAGGGAAGUUGUAAAUAAACAAACAUUACUCGAGGACCUUUCAUCGCUUGUUGCCAAAACAGGAGUUGAUGAAGCACAAUUGAAUAGUUUACUUGAUUUGGUAUUUGAUUUAAAAACUCCGACAUUCUUGAAGUCUACGCAGAAAAGGUUUAUUAUCAAGAAUUUGCUUAUACCGAAUGGGAAUUAUAAAUUGUCUAAACAUAUUGCAUAUCGAAUAAUUAGUAGUAUUGGAGUACCACAAAUAUAUUAUAAAAAUGGGAAGGAAUCAAAACUGAAGAAGUUAUCUACAGGUAUUCAGAUAUGCCUUCUUGAAUGGUUGAUAUGUUCUUACCACUUAUUUGGGAGUAAAGUGUUCAAUAAUUUAAGCAUGAUAACAAUUUUAGUCAAUUAUUUGUCCUACGAAUUCCUGAGGCCCUACGUGGCAAACCUAAUCUUCCUAAGUGUACUGAAUAAUAACAGAAUGUUUAAAACAUACUUCAUGCCGAAUACAACACACAAUAUUGCUCCAUUUAAACCCUGGCAUGUUCAAUGUGUAGUUGAUCUAUUCAAUAAGUUUCCUAUGGAUGAGCACUUGAAAAGCUUGUUAAUUUUAUUCAAGUCACAAUAUCCCAGUAUUGAUUUUACAAACUUUGCAAGAAAUGAUAGUUAUCAUUUAAAUAAUUUGGGGACUUUGAAUCCAAGGAUAUUUGUAUACCCAAAUUUCAAUUAUUUGGAUAAAUUGAGAGAUAUUCAGGCCAUCAACGGUGGGAUAUUAACUAAAGAACAGCUUGGACAAGAACAAAUUAUCAAUGAUAAUCUAAGAUAUUACGACAAUUUUAGUGCUUCUGUCAAGAAGCGCAAAAGAAUUGGAAACACUCAAAAAUUAGCCGAUGUCCCUGAUCUUGAUGUGAUCGAAUUUGGAAACAGUUCGAAUAGAUCUAGUAGUGUCUCUAUAAACGAUAUACACUCACUCGACAGCUUAAUCGGUAAUUUUGAGAACAUAAGACUCAUCAAUAUAAAUGCAUUAUUUAACCCACAGAAAUUUGGAAAUAGUCGAUACAUUUCUGAUAAAUUCAAAAAAUUCUAUUUUGUAUUACAAGGUUUAAGCGUUGAUGUUGAACAAUGGGAAAAAUCAAUACGCAAGUUAGAUUAUUACAUUCGACUAAGCAUUUUAGAUAAUAAUUUAUCGAUAAGAGAUUUGGAUAUAUUAUGUGACAAAAUAGCUGAUUUUUUCUCAUUUACUUUGGGCUUAUUGUUUUUACCUCUGAUAAAGGACUAUUUAUGCUUCAAGUUUGAUUCACCAAUAUCCAGCGAUAACGAAUACAUCCACAAGUUUGAGAACCUAGCUCAAAGGCUAAAAUUUUUGAAAUAUUUACCCGUUUUGGAAUUUGAGGAGUUCAAUGAAGAUAUAAUCCAAAACAUAUUAACAGUAUUUGAUGAAAAAUCGCACAUCAAUGCAAAAAAAUCGAGACGUGAACAGGCAUUUAUUACGUUUAUUAAUGAAUUGGUCUCCCUAUUUUCCACUUGGUAUUCAAUUUAUGCUCAAAAUUCAGAUCUAGAACUAAAAUCAGCUAUUUUUAAAAAUAUCAAUGGUUCAUUACCCAUAAUAUACAAAGUUCUAGUCGAAAAAUUUACUGAGUCGUCAAUUACCUUGCAGAUUCUGUUAUUAAGGAUCUUCACAUUUAUUCAAUCCCUCGAUUCCUAUCAUCUUAAUGAAUUUAUCAAUGCCCUGACUAUAGUAUUACCACAAAGCUUGUUUUACCCUUUAAUUUUAUCAAAUAACCCCCUUAUAAUGUCUGAAGCUUGUGGAUAUAUGGCGUUUUGCAAGACAUAUAAGUUUAAGGAACAUGAUACUGCCUAUAAAAAUUUACAGAAUUCAUAUAUCAUGGAUACACUUAACUUCAUAUGGCGUGACAAAUCUUUUUACUAUGAUGAAGAUUCAACUGCAUUUAGUAGGGCCAUGUUCUUGGAUCCUGAAUUUUUAAAGAAUUUACGGAAAUUGAAUAUUUUCAAUUUCUCAGAAUUGCUCAGUUUACAUACUGUUGGCAACAUAUUUCAUAAUCCAUGCUGGUCCUUUAUCACUACCCAGUUAAUAAGAGAAUUAGAAGACAAGACUGAGAACAUAACUAUACGACAUGCCGGACCAAUAACAGAAGAGAGUGUGAGCAAACUAACGCAUAUUUCUGGUGUUGAAUGGCUUCCUAUGAAUUACGACGAACUUAAAUUGCAAGUUUUGCGUUCGUUAGAUUCAUUAGGGUAUACUGGCAUAGCCGAUUUAUUAUUUAGUUCUCUAAAGACCUUAAUGAAUAAAAGAAAUUAG